AUGGAACCCUACCACGACAGCCCGUUCUGGGACAUCGGCGUAGAUGACCUCGCAAGCUACUGGAACGGUGGCCAAGACAAGACGUACGACCCCCAAGACAACGGCAACGACAGCGACAAAGAAUUCUGGCUCAAUAUCAAGACAAUGACUCAGACGACGAGCCCGAAGGCGGCCAGUACGAGGAUAACGAGGAUGGCGACUGUCGAGGCUGCUGUGGUGACGAAGGGUGCCACUGUCAGUGUUGUGAUCCGGACGACAUGGAAGGUUGCCAAUGCUGUGGGAGAAAGAGUUGUCAUUGCCAGUGCUGCGAUGGGGAUGAUGACGACGAUGACUACGAGGAUAGGUAGCCUUUGGGGUGCUGGUCGGGUAGCGGCGUCAUGCAUUAAGUAG